CCGCGGACCCAAGAUGGCGGCGUGUGGACGUGUACGGAGGAUGUUCCGCUUGUCGGCGGCGCUGCAGCUGCUGCUGCUCGCGGCGGCCGGGGCCCAGAAACUCCCGGGCCAGGGCGGCCACGGCCAGGGCCAGGGCCCGGGGGCCAACUUUCCGUCCUUUGUAGGGCAGACUGGAGGCGGCGGGCCGCCGGGUCAGCCGCUGCUCCAGCUGCCUCAGUCAUCUCAGCUCCAGCACCAGCAGCAGCCACCGCAGCAACCGCCUCAGCCGCCGCAGCCGCCUUUCCCGGCGGGUGGGCCUCCGGCCCGGCGGGGCGGAGCGGGACCCGGAGGGGCUGGCGGGGGCUGGAAGCUAGCGGAGGAAGAGUCCUGCCGGGAGGACGUGACCCGUGUGUGUCCCAAGCACACCUGGAGCAACAACCUGGCGGUGCUCGAGUGCCUGCAGGACGUGAGGGAGCCUGAAAAUGAGAUUUCUUCAGACUGCAAUCAUUUAUUGUGGAAUUACAAGCUGAAUCUAACUACGGACCCCAAAUUUGAAUCUGUGGCCAGAGAGGUUUGCAAAUCUACCAUAUCAGAGAUUAAAGAAUGUGCUGAUGAACCAGUCGGAAAAGGUUACUUGGUUUCCUGCUUGGUGGAUCACCGAGGCAAUAUCACUGAAUACCAGUGUCACCAAUACAUCACCAAAAUGACAGCCAUCAUUUUCAGUGAUUACCGUCUAAUCUGUGGCUUCAUGGAUGACUGCAAAAAUGACAUCAACAUCCUGAAAUGUGGCAGCAUUCGGCUUGGAGAAAAGGAUGCACAUUCACAAGGUGAGGUGGUAUCAUGCUUGGAAAAGGGCCUGGUGAAGGAAGCGGAAGAGAGAGAUCCCAAGAUUCAAGUCUCUGAACUCUGCAAGAAAGCCAUUCUCCGGGUGGCUGAGCUGUCCUCAGAUGACUUUCAUCUAGACCGGCAUUUAUAUUUUGCUUGCAGAGAUGAUCGGGAGCGUUUUUGUGAAAAUACGCAAGCUGGUGAAGGCAGAGUGUAUAAAUGCCUCUUUAACCAUAAGUUUGAAGAGUCCAUGAGUGAAAAGUGUCGAGAAGCACUAACGACCCGCCAAAAGCUGAUUGCCCAAGAUUAUAAAGUCAGUUAUUCCUUGGCCAAAUCCUGUAAGAGUGACUUGAAGAAAUACCGAUGUAAUGUGGAAAACCUUCCACGGUCUCGGGAAGCCAGGCUCUCCUACCUUCUUAUGUGUCUGGAGUCAGCUGUGCAUAGAGGACGACAAGUGAGCAGUGAGUGCCAGGGGGAGAUGUUAGAUUACCGGCGCAUGCUGAUGGAAGACUUUUCUUUGAGCCCCGAGAUCAUCCUGAGCUGUCGGGGGGAGAUCGAGCACCACUGUUCUGGAUUACAUCGAAAAGGGCGAACUCUGCAUUGUCUAAUGAAAGUGGUUCGUGGGGAAAAAGGGAACCUUGGAAUGAACUGCCAGCAAGCGCUGCAAACACUGAUUCAGGAGACUGACCCUGGCGCAGAUUACCGCAUUGACAGAGCUCUCAAUGAAGCUUGUGAGUCUGUUAUACAGACGGCCUGCAAGCACAUAAGAUCGGGAGACCCAAUGAUCCUCUCUUGCCUGAUGGAGCACUUAUACACAGAGAAAAUGGUGGAAGAUUGUGAGCACCGUCUCUUAGAGCUGCAGUAUUUCAUCUCCCGAGAUUGGAAGCUGGACCCUGUCUUAUACCGCAAGUGCCAGGGAGAUGCAUCUCGUCUUUGCCACACCCACGGUUGGAAUGAAACCAGUGAACUUAUGCCUCCGGGAGCUGUAUUCUCCUGCUUAUACAGACAUGCCUACCGCACUGAGGAACAGGGCAGGAGGCUUUCGCGAGAGUGCCGAGCAGAAGUCCAGAGGAUCCUACACCAGCGUGCCAUGGAUGUUAAGCUGGAUCCUGGCCUCCAGGAUAAAUGCUUGAUUGAUCUGGGAAAAUGGUGCAGUGAAAAAACAGAGACUGGACAGGAGCUAGAGUGCCUCCAGGACCACCUUGACGACCUGGCAGUGGAGUGCAGAGAUAUAGUCGGCAACCUCACCGAGUUAGAGUCUGAGGAUAUUCAAAUAGAAGCCUUGCUGAUGAGAGCCUGUGAGCCCAUAAUUCAGAACUUUUGCCAUGAUGUGGCAGAUAACCAGAUAGACUCUGGGGACCUGAUGGAGUGUCUGGUUCAGAACAAACACCAGAAGGAUAUGAAUGAGAAGUGUGCCAUUGGAGUUACCCACUUCCAGCUGGUGCAGAUGAAGGAUUUUCGGUUUUCUUACAAGUUUAAAAUGGCCUGUAAGGAGGAUGUGUUGAAACUUUGCCCCAACAUAAAAAAGAAGGUGGACGUGGUGAUCUGCCUGAGCACCACCGUGCGCAAUGACACUCUACAGGAAGCCAAGGAACACAGGGUGUCCCUGAAGUGCCGCAAGCAGCUGCGGGUGGAAGAGCUAGAGAUGACAGAGGACAUCCGUCUGGAACCAGAUCUGUAUGAAGCUUGCAAGAGUGACAUCAAGAACUACUGUUCUACUGUGCAGUAUGGCAAUGCUCAGAUUAUUGAAUGCCUGAAAGAAAACAAGAAGCAGCUAAGUACUCGUUGCCACCAGAAAGUUUUUAAGCUACAGGAGACAGAGAUGAUGGACCCAGAACUAGACUAUACGCUCAUGCGAGUCUGCAAGCAAAUGAUAAAGAGGUUCUGUCCAGAAGCAGAUUCCAAAACCAUGUUGCAGUGCUUGAAGCAAAAUAAGAACAGUGAAUUGAUGGAUCCCAAAUGCAAACAGAUGAUAACCAAGCGCCAGAUCACCCAGAACACAGAUUACCGCUUAAACCCCGUGUUAAGGAAAGCCUGUAAAGCUGACAUUCCUAAAUUCUGCCAUGGUAUCCUGACUAAGGCCAAGGAUGAUUCGGAACUGGAAGGUCAAGUCAUCUCUUGCCUCAAGCUGAGAUAUGCUGACCAGCGGCUCUCUUCAGACUGCGAAGACCAGAUCCGGAUUAUUAUCCAGGAGUCUGCUCUGGAUUACCGACUAGAUCCUCAGCUCCAGCUACACUGCUCAGAUGAGAUCUCCAGUCUGUGUGCUGAGGAAGCAGCUGCCCAGGAGCAGACGGGUCAAGUAGAGGAGUGCCUCAAAGUGAACCUGCUCAAAAUCAAAACGGACGCGUGCAAGAAGGAAGUGUUAAACAUGCUGAAAGAAAGCAAAGCAGACAUCUUUGUGGACCCGGUUCUUCAUACAGCGUGUGCCCUGGACAUUAAGCACCACUGUGCAGCCAUUACCCCUGGCCGAGGGCGUCAAAUGUCCUGCCUCAUGGAGGCCUUAGAGGAUAAGCGGGUGAGGUUACAACCUGAGUGCAAAAAACGCCUCAAUGACCGGAUUGAAAUGUGGAGUUACGCAGCAAAGGUGGCCCCAGCUGAUGGCUUCUCUGACCUCGCCAUGCAAGUGAUGACAUCUCCAUCAAAGAACUACAUUCUGUCUGUGAUCAGUGGGAGCAUCUGUAUAUUGUUCCUGAUUGGCCUGAUGUGUGGACGUAUCACCAAGCGAGUAACACGAGAGCUCAAGGACAGGUAGAGCCGCCUUGACCACCGAGGAACUGCCUGUCCAGUGCCCAGUUUGUACAGCUCUCCUGUAUAGUGUACCCACUCACCUCGUUCUUGUAGGAGGUGGCAUCAGCACCCAUGUUAGAGCAGCAGCAGGGGUCCACUGCGUUGUCCCAUCUCAGACUUCGCCCGUGUCCAUGGUGUCCUCCUCCUUCUCGACCAUUUGUGCAACAGCAGCACCUGGCCGCUUUGGUUAUUGCCUUUGUUGGCAAAUUUGGGUUUACCUGCCCAUAGACAAGUCUCUCUCAUACCAAUGGAACUACCAGUACUUCCAGAAGCAACUUAACUGACCUGCAACUCAACUGAUUUUUAAAAAACAAACAAACAAAAACCACCAAAAAAAAAGAAAAGAAAAAAAGAAAUUUUUAAAGAAAGAAAAAAUGUAUAUAGUUAAACGUCUCCAGGCUUGACUUGGGCAAUGGGGUUAUUUCUUCUGUGUGACUGUAAAAUGAAGGCAGGACUUAAGGGGAAGACACACCACCCAAUAUGCUAUCUAACUGGGAUGUCUUGCUCAUUUCUCGAAAGCACCUUUGGACCAUCUGGGGGCCAUGGACUUCACCGAGGAGUGGGAAACCACUGACCAGCCUGCUUUGGGUCUUUUUUUCUUCUGCUAAAACAGUGAUGCCUUCCAGUUCCCACCUUAAUAGAGCCACUGCUGGUCAGACCCCAAGGCCAUGAGUAUUCCUACCAUCCCCUCCCUUCAGUGAGGUGAAGCAAUCAUGAGUUUCCCUAGGCCAAAGGCAGAUGGGUUGGGGAGGAGAUCAAAAGUGUGAAGCUUGUCAGAGGCUGGAUUCUGAGUCCCAAGAAGGAGGAUCCCAGGCAUCUUCCUCCUCCACGCUAGCACAGGACUCAGUUAUAUUCAGAUUGACCGUGCUGGGGACGGUAGUUAGUCUGGAAGGCCUGCCGGGAGGCAGGGACUGCAGCGGAGAGGGAGUUCAGGGCAGGAAGGGGGAGCAGGGAUUGAUUAACUUUGCUCAGUUUUUUUAGGCAACGGUGGAGAUCAAAGACAUGCUCUCAGGGUGUGACUGGCAGUCCAACCUGACCCUUCUGCAGGCUCAAGGUCACCUUCCCAGACAAGCUCCCUUAUGCCUCUUUAUGGAGAGGACUUGGAAAGUUAUUACGUUAAAAGAUGGAGUCUUUUCUCCGUUUUUUUUUUUUCCUUUCUGUCCAUUUGCUACAUACACCCACUGUAGUAGGCAUUGGCUUAAUGUUGUAUUUGGAUGAAUCAUUAGAUACUGUACUUCCAGAAUCUAGCUUUAUGGAAGCAAUCGUCCUGGCCAGCCUCCCUCAUCCCUCCAGUGUGGGACGGCAGGUUUGGGGUAUAAAAGGGGAGGAGUGCAGGCAUCAUGGUGCAACCUGGCACACCUUGGUUUGAGUUUGGGGCAUGGAGUUAGAGUGGGUGCACAAGAGGGCGGCAUGUACAGUAGGAGAUAUAUUUAUAUAAUAUAUAUUUUAUUAACCUGUUAGAAGUGCAUAGAGUAUUAUAAAUCACGUGCCUAAAACUGUCCACAUAGACCAUGGCACCCUUCCUUGCCCUGCCCCUCCUUUGCCACUGUCCACAUGUGCUGCGGGACAUAUGCAACAUUGUCUGCCCUGAAAUGUGUUCCAUACAAAGUGGGUCAGUUUGUGGAUCGGUUGAUUCAGAUUUCUCCUUGUCUCAUCUGACUGAUGUAUAUUUGAAUACUGUGGUUUUCUUCUUUUUCUUGUUGCUACCCUUCCGGCAGGCAGUGCAACCCAGAAGCCAGCUGUAUCCCCUGCCUAGGGCACUGUCAGUCACCAAGGGGAGCAGCUAUGCUGCUUGGUCCCCUCAGUCCUGCUCUUAGGGUCUGUCUGAUUCUCAGCACCUGUCCUGGGAUUCUUCCGAAACUUGAAACUCUUGGAGUCCGAGCAACAUUACCCCUAUGUUGGACUCGAUUGAGCUGGUCCAGAUAGUCCACCUCCAGGAGUUCCCACCUGGGCCAUGGAGGCUUGGGAUUGAGAGGGGAUGUCCUUUAAACACAGGCCCCCACUAACCUGUCUGGCAUGGUUUACAGGAUAGAAUAUAACAUUUACCGUUUGGUGAGUGUGUGGGUACCAUCCUCUGUCUCUACAUCCUCCCUCCUAAUGUAUGUAAAACAAAGCAGUAGUUUAAGGUGUCUCAACAUUUUGCUUUGUCUGAAGCAUAUCUGGAAGCUUGAAAAGGAGUUUGAUUAUUGGCACAUUUAUCAUCUUUAGAAAUGAUGAGAAUAAAAGGGAUAAUUCUGCCAGUAUUUUUAUUGGUUUUGCUAGAACACAUUUCACCAUCCUGCUUGGAAUAGCUUCAUAAGACUGGUUCUUGAGAGUCCCGGGUAGUGUUCUGAGCAGUUUUCUACCUGCGGGGGCCCAGAACCAUCUGAACCUGCAGCUCAGCUGUACCCAUUCUGCCCCUCGUUUGGUGUAAUCACACAGGUUCUGGGGCACCUCUGGUCACUGGCCUCAUAGGUCAGUCAUGGGUAAAUAGUCGAGUUAGUCAAGAAGAGGAAACUGUGGCUCUAGGGGAGAAGCUGAUGAUGGACCUUGGCCUUUAUCUCUUCUAAUGUCUAGCCUUUGGACGGUAACAAGCCACUGGGGAGAGGGGGGGGUUCCAAGGUCAAGGCCUCAGGCAUUUGCUGAAAAUCCAGGUAACUCAUCUGGCCUUGUUAGCUCACUCUGGGGUCUCAGGGAGUCCUUGUGCUAGCAAGAUGCGCUGAGAUGGGAGCAUAGCAGAGGCUUGGGUUCUCUCCAGCAGGAGAGCCUUCCUCCUGCCCUGGAGACCCCCAGGCUGUCACUGCCAGCUCUGUGUGUCUGUGGGUCCAGUCAGCUUGCUCCGAACCAGUGCAUCCUUAGAAGCCAGGGGAUUCUGGUACUCAACAGGCAUUGGCUCGAAUUCACUUCAGGACUCUGGCUGUCUCAUAUCCUGCCCUUCCUGUUCUGGAGGACAGUGAGCAGCUCUGCCUGGGGGAGAGAGGGAGGGAUAUUCUGCUUUCCUCGAAGAGGUAGAAUUGUCAGAGUUCACUUCUUCCAGUUUCCUGAAGUUAAGUCAUAACAAUCCAGUGGUAAAGAAGUCUGUAGUAUCCAUUUGCAUAUUACCAGACAAAUGGCAAGGGACUUCUGUGCUGACUUCCCUCUGUCUUCCCAAGAGAACAUUCACUAUCAUAUGUGAGUAUGACUUCUGGAAAUGUCUCCCAUUCUCCCCACCCCUAGACUUAUGGCACAGCUUCUGUCCCAAAGAUCCCCACUCAAGGGAGUCAUCUGAGGGGAGAGAGAUGGUUUCGUGGGCCUCCUUUCUUACGUGGUCUCAAGUUCUUCUGAGAAAAAGCUUUCGUUUCCCGUUUCUUCCCCUCCCCCACCAAAUACUACCUGUUCUGCAUAUAUAGCUUAUUUUAAGCAAGCAGAUAUAGAGAAGGAAGCUGGAAGGGACCCUUGGCAGCCAGCCAACCCAGCCUGACCCAUUCAACCUAAAUUUUGGCCAUAGAACAAAAAGAAGAAUAGGGAUGUUUUAAUUGUGGUCAUUUUGGUAUAUGUAUUUGUAUUUCAGGUUCUUAAGGAUUUGGGAAACCUGAAAGGUACUUUUUAUUUCCCCCGUUUUGGAUAGCACCUAUGUAGCUUUAUCGAUUGCAGCAUUCUGGUACCCUGAGUUUCUCCUUGGCCUUCAGGGACACUUCUCUCUUUCACCUCCUCUCUACUGCUCCCUGAUUCCCAAGGGCUGUGGGGCCACAGCUCCUGUUCCGUCUGCCUCUCUUUCUCUUAUUUGUCUUUGUUUGGCUGUCUCUCUAAUACACUUCUCUUGGUCCUCCUCUCCGUUAGGACCAGGGUCUCAUGUUAGGCAAUUGAGUCUGAAGCCAGGUCCCCCUUCUUGCCCUGACCUCAGGCAACAGUCAUAGCAAACCCAGCCUGACUCUUCUGAGUGACGAGCUUCCCCUAUCCAUCUAGUGAGAUCCCUAUGGAGACCCGAGGACUGUUUGUCAUCCGGAAUACAAAGUGGGACUCUGUUUAGUCUGGUGGUGGCGAGAUCCUGGCGGUGGUUCCCUCUUCUUUGCCCUCCCCGAGAUCUGUCACGACAGACUGGCAGAGAUGUUGUUGGGAUACGUGCAGUAGAGAAGCCUCCUUGGGCAAGGAAAAAAUUCAGAUAGUGCCUCUAUGUUCUGUUUUUGCCUUCCCCCAGCACGGAACCCAUGGAACCUGGACCCCAGAGCCCAGCAGGCUGAUGCCUGGAGCUAGGGGGGUUGGAGAGGCCCCGGGCAGACUGCAGUCAGUGCACAGGGUCAGGUGGCCAGCAGGACAGCUUGCAGCCGGAGCCUUCCUAAGCGGCUUCUGCUGGCACAGUAUUCCCAGGUCAGUCCAAGCAGGAAAACAGACUGAACAGCAAAUGCUGUGUGAGAUCUUAGGCCUUGAACUUUUUUUUUUAAAGGAAGAGAAAAUACAGAAAAGUAAAAUUAAUAAGCCUCUUUUGUAAAUGAUUUUUCUUUCUAUAUAUAAACUCCUGGCAGUUCCUUGUUUUUACAUGUUCAUGCUGUGUAAUUUUGAGAUGUUACCAAGAUCCUGAACAUAAUGUGCAUUUUUUUCUGUACAGAUGAAAUGGGAGAAUUUAAUAAAGAGUUUGCAGGUUUUUACUUGUUAAA